AUGGCGGCGCCCUUUGACCAGAGGAUAGCUGUGCCUAUCGACGACCCCAAUGCUGAUACGGAAUGGAAUGAAAUCUUAAGAAAACAUAAAAUCAUUCCGGAAAAGGAGCCCGACCCAAACCCUAUGAUCGAGGAAGCAAUCCUGGCAGCUAGACAAAUUGCUCAUGAGAAUCGCCUUGAAGGCAAGGACAUCGACGAGCUAAAGGAACUGGAGGAUGAGGAGGACGAGGCGUUCAUGGAGCACUACUUGCAGAAGCGGAUGCAGGAGCUCAAGGCCCUGUCGCAAAAGGCCGUACACGGCAGCGUCUACCCGAUAUCGAAGCCCGAAUACCAAAGAGAGGUGACCGAUGCAUCCAGCGACAACAAAACGGUCAUGAUCAACCUAGUGUCGUCGCUCGGAGGGAACGUCGAGUCGCGUGUGCUAUCUGAUCUGUGGAGGCAGGCUGCCAAGGAAUACGGAGACAUCAAGUUCUGCGAGAUGCGGGCGGACCAGGCAAUCGAGGGGUAUCCGGACAAGAACUGCCCGACGAUACUAGUCUACCGAAACGGUGACAUAGUAAAACAGAUUGUGACGCUCAUGACAGUCGGCGGACCACGUAUGAGCAUGCUCGAUCUGGACAAAAUACUGGUCGAGGUUGGGGCGGUUCCGGACACAGACAUGCGCGUUCUCCAGAGGCGGCGACGUGCAGAGGACGCGGAGGAGGAAAGGUUAGCUGCCGGCGAGAGAAACAUCAAAAGCUCCAGGCCGACGGUCAACGACGACGAUGAUGAUUGGGACUGA